CUCACACAUGUCUCCGAGUUUCGAAUGUAACCGACAAUCCGGGCAUUCCGUUUCCCAGACAGACUGAUAUUUGUAUUAUUAUUUAUUGUACAAAACGUUUCAUUGCCGCCGAUAAGUGCGCGCGUUUGCUCUGCCAAUAAUCUGAGAGCCGUGUCGUCGUUGUUAUCAUGUUCCGUCGCUGUCACGAUCAUCAUCAUUGUCGUAUGUCGGAAGGACGCCGAACGUCGCCGGAGUAACUAACGUAUGACGACUGGUCAUCGCGCUCGCAUCGGUCGUCAAUAUUGUUAACUGUAACUAAGAGACAUCUAAGUACACCGUGUACCCGAUUCUCGAUCGGGACUCCUUUGCAUCAAACAUCAUCAUUAUCUCCAUCACCACCACCACCACCACUACCACCACCACCACCUGCAGAUCACCGCCAUCAUCACCACCGUAUUUAAAUCGUCGGUACUUACCUCGUAUGUCAAGCAAGAUAUCUAAUCAGUAAAACUAUAAUGGCAGACAUAUCAGUGAAAGAAUUACCUAGUUACAGCAAAUAUAAGUCAAUAAUAUCUACUACCUCAACACCUCACAGAAGUAUAAAUGACAGUGGCUAUAAUACUUCUAGUUCCACUUUAUCUAAUGUUUCAUCCAAUCUCAAUCAGAUAUCUGAAAUUAAUAUUUCUUUUGAUCACACAUCAUCUGAUCUGAAUGUAUUUCAACUAUCUUCUCCUACUUAUAAUUUUACUCUAGAUUCUAAUUCUAGUGAAAAUAAGUUUGUCGAUAUUUCCAAUAAAACUGAUUACAAAUCUAAUUUUUCAUCAAUAUCUACACAUCAAGAAUAUUCUCCGACAAAAAAAUUUAAACUAUUCUCAGAUACACGAUUACGUUUUCAUAACACAUGUUAUGAAGAUAAUGAGAAUACCUUUUUAAAAAGAAAAAAUGUCAUUCCACGGAAAAAUAUCAAUCAUGAACGUACUUCUGUGGAAGGUCGUGAAAAUAUAGACAUAAUGUAUUUUCUAUCAGAACGUCACCAUUUUGAACCUGUUACAGAAAAAAUAUUUUCAUUUUUAUCUGGAAAUGAUAUUGUAUCAAUGUCUAUGGUAUCUAAAAUUUGGUGUAAUGCUGUUAAAAAUUCACCAAUGGCGCAAAAGAAAAAAAGAAUGUAUUUUAAAUUAUCAAAAGAAAAUCGUGGAGGAUAUAAUGGCCGAGAUCGUUCAACUAUUCAUAACAAAGGAUGUUUAGCUAAUAUUAGUAAUGUUAUGCGUUCUCCAUCCAAAAGAGAUUUACCUCAAAGAAGUCCACCAGUCAGCCCGAGUAAAUAUCGAUUUCAUGUAUUUCAAAAGGAAGCCAAGAAAUUAAGUUCAGAUCAACAGUUAGUUCCAUGUCCACGGUGCUCUAGACCAGCUUCAUGGUCACCUUCUCAAUCAACUCGUGCUGAAUGUAAAGGUUUUCAUUGUAAAUUCAUAUUCUGCACAAAUUGUACUUGUGAGUAUACCAAUGAUUUAGAACACAAAUGUUUUAACCUAUCUUUGCCAAUAUCAAGAUCAUCAUAUUACCGUCGUCCGAUAUUGUCUAAUAUAACAAAAAGAAAACAUAAUUUGCGAAGAUUGUAAGUAAUGUUUCAUCAUUAAAUUUUAUCUCCACCUUGUUUUUUACAGUGUUAAUAAAAAUGUUUUAAUUUGUAUGUCUUAUGAACAUUGUGAGAAUCAUGUUUAUUUUGUGGUUAUUAAUUUAAUUAAAUUUUUUAUGUGACCAAUUUAGGUUUUUUAUAAAGUGAACUUGUUUAUAAU